UGACUCAUAUAUAUCUAUACGCAGGCAGGAGCAGCAGGCUGACAGUUUUGAUUCUUGGUUUUCAAAAAGUGCUGGUGGUGGUACACGGUGGUGGUGGAAGUGUUCUAGGACGAAGAUCACACAGCAGAGAGAGAGAAAUUGAUCAUCUUCAACUUUAUAUUUAUUUUGUGGUCUCACUCACUAUCACCAACUGCGACUAGUCCUUCAAAAGAAAAGAAUCUGAUAAAUAGUGAAUUUUUUGGUGUAAUGGCGAAUCGUGCAGCGCCUGGAAGUGCGACGAACCAGCAGCAGCAGCAACAGCAACCUGCCGCGACCCGAUCCAACAAUGGUGCUCCUCAAAAUAAAGUUUGUCAGUUCAAGUUGGUUCUUCUGGGGGAGUCGGCCGUGGGAAAGUCCAGUUUAGUCCUUCGCUUCGUCAAAGGCCAGUUCCAUGAGUAUCAAGAGAGCACGAUAGGAGCGGCUUUCCUCACACAAACCGUAAUGCUAGAUGAUAUCACCGUAAAAUUCGAAAUUUGGGACACAGCGGGACAGGAACGGUAUCACUCCUUAGCCCCGAUGUACUAUAGAGGAGCCCAGGCAGCCAUUGUCGUCUAUGACAUAACCAAUCAGGAAACUUUCGCCAGGGCUAAAACGUGGGUUAAGGAGCUUCAGAGGCAGGCAUCUCCCAACAUUGUGAUCGCGUUGGCUGGGAACAAGUCAGAUUUAGCAGCAAAAAGAAUGGUGGAUCACGACGAGGCGUAUGCAUAUGCGGAUGAAAAUGGACUUUUAUUUAUGGAAACAUCGGCAAAGACAGCGAUGAAUGUAACGGACAUUUUCCUUGCGAUUGCCAAGAAACUACCCAAAGGAGAGCAAACUAGCGCUCAAGGUACCGCCCAGGGCCGAAGAAUAACAGACGCAGAUCAAGCUCCUCGAUCAACGCCUAAUUGUUGUAAAUAAUGUCGCCCUGUCAUAAUCAUCGUUGUCGCCGUCGUCACCGCCGCCGCUCCCCUCUAUUUCUGACGAACCCCUUGUAAAAUUGGGGUAAAAACCACGGAACUAAACAUAAAUAUAAUAAUAUAUACAACAUAAUAUACAUACACAUACUUUACACACUACUACUGUAUACAUUACUGUCUGUCUAGAAUGUAUAAUUAAGUUUACUUGCUUAAUCAUGUAUUCCACCACUGACAUUAUUGUUUAUGGUUAAGCAAAAAUCCUAAUGACUACAUGAUAUAAAAUAUACAUACUACAUAAAUUACUAAGUGUUUAGUUUAGUAAAUAUGUCGACUGUUGUGUCGUUCGUUUUUAGUGGAAAAUUUUUGAGAAUCUUUAUAAAUCUAUAACAAACUCCGACAAACUUGUUGUAUCACGCAACGCAUUUGAAGGUGAGGGGGAUGGAGGGAGGAGGAGGUGAGCUACCUUUUGUCAGCCAAUGCUGCUGCUCCUCCUUCUCCUCCAUUCGACCGAUAUUCCUACCACCAACGUCUAUAUACUGACUGACGACGGGCAGGAUUUUGCUGUCGUCUCACAUUUUCUCCAUGCAUUCCCUCCCCAUCAUCCGGGGUAUUAAACUGAUGAUGAAUACGAUUAAAUACUUAUAUAGAACUGUUACACCACGCCACACAUUUGAUUGAGGAUAAGCAAUUAUGCAUAAAAUAUGUGCUGUAAUGUGUAGGUAAUAAUAUGAUUUGAUAAACUACUUAUGUAUGAAGAUGAUGAUAAUGUAUAUGCUACUAUUAAUUAAGACUACUUUAGUUUACCUAUGCUCUUCUUAAAACGUGGAAAUGAAUGGAUUAUGUUGUUGAAAUAAAUAAAUGCGCUUUCAUACACACGA